AUGUCUAAGUUAUGGGAAAAACUUCAAAAUUCAUUUGAAUCGAACAACCAGGUUUCAAUCGAUGAGUUUUCGGAAGAUUAUAUUGAAGAAUUUCCGAUCCUAGACUCUCCAGAAACUCCGGAUUCGAUCCAUCCACCAGGAUUGGAACUUAUUGAAAAUAUGAAAAUCAUAAAAGAUGUUCUCAAUUCUGACAAAGCCGAAAAAAAUUUGGCUUAUAAAGCUUUGAGGAGGUUCAGCAACGCUAAUGAUAGAUGCCAAGCAUCAGAAGAAGAGAACAAAAGGUUGAGGAAUAUUAUCAGUUCCUUGGUUCUGGAACUGAGAAAAACCAGAGUGGAAAAUGCAAAUUUGAAUAGAAUGAGAUUAUCGAAGUCCCAUGAUGCCGAAUUAUGGAAAACGCAAGCAGACUCCUGGAGAACGGAAGCAAAAAAUCUUCACGAAAUCAUGACGAAUAGAAUAAUGAAAAAAGACCAGAAGAUUCGAAAUUCCAGGAAGGAUCAAGGAUCUCAAAUCGAGCUCGAAAUGGUCCGUUUUCCUGAUCGCAGUGUACCAGAAACUGAAGAAACUGAGAAUUCUAAUUUCGAUUAUUCUGGAGAAGUUCUCGAACCCGUUUUGGAAAGUGAAGACUCCGAGAUUAAUGAGAUGAAUGUUCAAAGAAUGGGAAAUUCGCCAGAAUUCGAAAUUCCGGCUGGCUUUAUCGACGACCCGGAGAGAUUUCCAGAAUCGGAGACUUUGGAAAAGCUUGCUAAUUUGGUGCCAAAAAUUGAAAAUUCGAACACUUGGAAAACAAUUGAGAAUGGAAGAAUCGUCCAAGCCAAGGAUACCAUUUUCGAAAAGGCGAAAAAAUCGAGAGCGCCAAAAAAGAGAACGUCCAAAGCUCCAAUAGUGGAAGCUGCUCCACUCAUCGAAGAAUCGGAAUCGGAAUCUGAAGAUUCUCUUGAAGUUUUUGAAUUGUCCAAAAUUCCAAAAACUGCUAAGAACGCCAGGAAAGCCGCGAAGAAGUUGGCAAGACUCGAGAGGAUUCAAUUGAAAGAGGCGAAAGUUCCAGAAGUCCAAGAAGCACCGGCCGGCAAAAGGCAACUCGAAGUGAUGAAGAAUCUUGUCAAUACAAAAAACCAGGAAAUUCGAAAACUGCGACGAGAAAUUGAGAAAUCUCAAAUGAUCCAAUGCAUGGAUCUUUUGAGAAUCGAGUAUUGGCAAGAGCCGACACCGCUGACAAAUAUUUCAAGUUAUUGUGGAGCACAAUUUCAAGUUUGGCGAAACCAGAAGAUAUUGACUAGCCCGAUUGGACCAACAACAUUUGUCAAAUGUUUGGAGUUUUCAUUGUUUUUAUCAUUUUUCUAG